AUGGCUUUUUCAGAGAGAUCAUGCCCCGUCUCGGGCUCAGUAGGAGGAGGUGUUUGCCCAGUCGGCGCCAACAAAUCAGGAAGGCAGAGCAGAUCAAGCAGUCGUAUGGGCCCACGAGGAUGUUCGUUCUCGGGGUUCUCCCAGCCUGGCGAUAUUCACACAGCAUUCGAUAUCCCUCGAGGAGUUGAUGCAGAGGAGUGGCUCCGAAUGAGAGAGCGGAAAUCCAUCAACCAUGUUCUCUAUUCCCAAUACCCGUCACAGCAAGAGAUCGAUUCGGUCAAAUCACAAGCAGAGUUGGAUGCCUUCAAUGUCAACGAGGCAGAUCUGUUGGCAGUCGCACUCGGAGCGCCAGCCAGGCAGGUGAUGCUAAGAGCAGAGGAAAUCGGUACUCAGACAGGUUGGAAAGACGGUUUUCUCAGCAUAGAACAUGGCUUCUGCCCACCAGACUACGACGAGGCGGCUGGCGCUCUGGCCAGAUCACCAGGCCGCGUCUGGAUCGACCUUGCCGAACGCAUGCCCGGAUGCGUUUCCCGCGGCCGAGUCAGAGAGUCAAUCGCCGCUGCACCUGUCAUCGAGGGCACGGCAGAUGUCAUUCCCGAUCAGGCCCUCUGGGCGGCCCUUGUGUCGCUCGGCAUGCUCUGCUCCAUCUACCGCUUCGAGCAGAAGUACGACGGUCACGAUGGGGUGAACGCAUCGACGAACCCCACAAAGUUGAAGCUGAAUUGCAAGAUGGGCGACGACUUGGGUGAGGAGCUCGUCGGCAUACCUCUCAGCAUUGCUCUGCCCUACUUCCAAGUAUCCCGCCGGAUGGGCCGGACACUCCCUCACCUGACGUUUGUCGACCAAUCUUCAUACAACCUGAAGAUCAAAGACGUCACAUCGACAUACCCCUACGUUGCUCGUUUCGACAACAUGGAGCUUAGAUGGCCCAUGUUCGGUGAGCGCGCCGAAGUAGCCUUCCUCAAGGGUGUUGCAGAGACUUCAGCUUCCUUCCAACACGGGCCCGACGCUAUCGCAGCAUGCCAAGAACAUGUCAUGAACCGCAACAACGAAGGCCUCCUCCACGAGAUGAUCCGCCUAAAGGAGAUCCUCGAGCGCAUGCCCAACGCCUUCCACUCCAUUUCAACAAAUCCCAACGCCGGUGAAAACUACGUGCCUGUCCAACAAUGGGUCCGCUGGGCCAAGUUUUCCGCUCCUCUCUCAAAGCGAUGCCCUGCCUCCUCAGGCCUGCAGUUCCCACCCUACUUGGUGAUGGAUGCUUUCUUGGGAAGAAACAACUAUACCUCUUUCCUGGGUGCCGAGGGUGUUCACCUCCGUGCCUGGUUCCCGGCCAACCUGCGCGCCUUUAUUGCGGCUAUCGAGUACCACUACCGCAUCCCUGAAUACGUCCAAAAGUCAGGCGACCCGCGUCUCAUGGGCGUUCUCGAUGGUAUCGUCGAAGCUUAUACCGGUGAACGUGGCUUCAUGGGAGUGCACCGCUACAAAGUCUUUGGCAUCCUCGAAGUCGCAGCCAAAACUGGCCGAACUGAGACCAAUGGCGCAUCGGGUGCGUCAGACGGCGAACGCCCUUGGGAAGAAACCCAUCGCCAGUUCUCAGAGGCAAUGAAGGAGCGCCUCGAGCCCUAUCGAGGUAAAUUGGCAAUUGAGCCGCACCAAAUGCGCGGCACUUUCGAAGAAUGCCGCUACGUCACCCGCGUAUUGAACAGGUCAUUUGUGGAUUCUGAUCCAUCACGCUCAAUCGCAAUGGUCACGCUCGAUAUCCGGGAGACCGGCAUCACGUUCGCACCAGGUGAUCGCCUGGCCGUGAUGCCCUUGAACGGGUGGGAGGAGUGCGCCAAAGUUAUCGCCGCUUUGGGCUUGGAGGAGCACAUCGACGCUCCUGUCGAAGUCAACGGAAUCUGGGCUCGCUUCGAGAUGCAUCUGGGGUCUGUCAGGAGAACCGCAACACCUAAGCUGACAGUCGGCGACAUCCUCCGACGUGGUCACCUUGCCCCAAUCACCAAGGAGAUGGCCCUCAAGAUUCAUGGUAUGCUGCAUGCAUCCUCCAACACCGUCUUGCAGGUCCUCAGCACGGAUGAGUGGCCCGUCAGAGGCUCUUUGGGCGACCUCUUGCAGGACGCUGUCACGGACACGCCUCCCCAAAUCUGGGAUAGAGUGUUCAACCUUGACAUUCUCGCAUGGCUUGCGGAUCUCGUUCCCCUCGAGGUCCCCCGCACCUAUUCCAUCGCAAGCUACACGGAAGAACUCCUGCCAGAAACCGUUGACCUCGCGGUGUCCCGUUCGGAAUACAAGCUGUGCUCUACCUUUUCAAGAGGCAAGGAAAUUUCCCGCGCCGGUGUUUCUAGUGGAUUCCUGAACCCGCCCGUUGAGAUGGGCGACAUUGACUCAGACGACGAGAUCCUCAUUGGCGUCUCCCGUCCAGCAGCCUUUCACCUCCCGCUUGACCCCAUGGCACCCUGCGCUUUCUUCGCCGGCGGAAGCGGCAUCGCACCCUUCCGCAGUUUCUGGCAGGCUCGUCUUACACAGAGCGGCCUGUCGGGUGGCAAGAACCUUCUUUACCUCGGAGUCCAGAACCGUGAGAAGUUCUGUUUCGAGGAGGAGCUGCGACAGUACGUCAACGCAGACUUCAUGGAAGUCCACGUCGCCUUCUCAAGGGACUCUCGUGGUCUCGCUUACGAGGGCCAAGAUCUAGUCGAGAAGCACAUCCCCCCUCGCUACAUCGACACAUUGAUUGUCGAACAAGGUCUGCAGGUCUGCGACCUUGUCAUGUCUAAGAAGCAGGGAGGUCUCGGCGGCUACCUCUACGUCUGUGGAUCCGUCUCCGUGUUCGAUUCCGUUAUGAAUGGAAUUAGGAAGGCAAUCUACACCUACAGAACAGCCACAGAAAAGGGAGUCGACCUGAUUAUCGACAAGGCCUUUGCGGAGAGACGCUUCAUGCUCGAUGUUUUCAUGACGCCCAAGCCCCUGCCGUGCAACCUGCCGACGAUUCCCUUGUCGGAAUUGGCAAAGCACACAGGUCACCGCCCCGGGUCUCGCAUGUGGAUCGGGGUACACGGCAGUGUCUACGAUGUCACCGACUUCUGCCCCAUGCACCCCGGCGGAACGCUCAUCAUCAAGUCCAACGCGGGUGUUGACUGUUCCAAGUCAUUCGACAAUCUCGCACACACCAACAACCCUGAAGUCUCUAGUCUCUUGACGAAAUACUUUGUUGGGCACUUGACCCCCAAGCCUGACUACGGCAGUGAUGAGAUAUCCGCUUUGCACGAUCUCUGGUCGGCGUACCUCCGAUCCACCGUCGAAACUCUGGUAGCCCAUCAGUUUGAGAUGUACGAGAUCAUGGGCGCAUCCCUCGAGUCUAACUCGUCACAUGAUCCUGCGGGCAGCAACAACAUCUGGCUGCGCGAGAGUCUGCCCAACAUUAUUGCUGUCCGUACGUUUUAUGGUUACCAGAGUCGAUUGCUCCAAGGCGGCUUCUCGGCUCUUUUCGGCCACAAGCUCCAAGAGCUCGUCCUCAAGCUAUCGUUCGGUGUCGCCCGUGCCAAUGGCCCGGCCGCUGACACAAAGCUACCCGACGUCUUGGGCACCGUGGCGCGCGCAAAGACGAGCGGGGACGCGGCGCACUGCACCAAAGAGGUCGCCCUCGUCGGUCAAUUCGUUUGCGACGCUGACGCCUCGCUUCGCUUCCAAGAACGCGGUGUCUUUGCCUACGCCGCCCGUAGCGUCGAGCUCGAUAUUGCCCUUCUUGAAGACCUCCGCCAAGAAGCAUGCACCGGCAUGGACGCCUUUGAUAGCAUCGCAACCUCCAUCAAGGACUCGUCCGAUCCGGAUGUCGAGAACACCCGCCUCACUGCCCUUUCCACGUUCCUCCUCCAGGUUCUCGAGCGUAUGGCCCGUCACCUCGAGGUCUUCUACGCCCAGCUUGCCCGCUGCUCCGUCUACCAGCCCAAGCUCGAACAGAACCCGGCCCGGACCCGCUGGGCCCUCGUCCGCCGCCGUAUCCGUGACGGAAGCCUCUUUGUGCUCGCCACCAAAGCGGAACUCAACCCGAGCAUGCUGGAGCAGCCGACCUCGGCGCCGUAUUACAUGUCAAGAGCAAACCCGAAUCAGAACAUUGACUUUGACCGGGUCAUGGCGCAGGUACAGUCCAGCUUACAUGCUGGGGCCGGGCAUGACGCCUCGUCCCCUGCUUACCACGGGCAGCAGCAGCAGCAGCCUCUGACCCUCAACGCUGUGCACCAGGCCCGAGGUCGCAGCACAGGCGAUGUCAGCGCGGUCGCGAGUCGCGAAAACGCAGGCGCGCUGCGGGCCAUGAACAGUUUCGUCGAGAAGAAUAGCCGUGCCAUCCGUAGGCUGAGUAAGAUGCCAGCUGUUGCUAUGAACUUUGAGGACAUCCAGAGGGCCGCACUACUCGAGAUGUCCCAGCACGGCGGCCCUCUUUCACCGCCAGAGAUGGCAGGCGACGCCAUGCUGGGUCUAGGUCUGGGCCCGGAACACGCCAUGAGGCUCGCCGGGAAGCAUGGCAACAACGGCAACGGGAACAGGGUGCUCCCGACGCCACCAUCGAGCCGCGGCUCAAGUCGCUCACCAACGCGAUUCAAUCACCCAUAUGGUAUUAGUCAACAACCACACGGGAAGCCGACAGCGGAGAUGCUACUAUCCAAGCUUAAUCGGCCUCGUGGUGCAUCGCUCACCCGAGGGGGACCACCCUCGGGUCCCAAUUCACCCGCUCCUUACCCUGUAAUCGGCUCUCACUCUCCGCCACUCAAUCAUCCCGUCGACGCGCAAAGCGCCCUGAGCUCCAUGAUGAGCCGCCUCAACACCAGACCUCGCAGCGGCUCCGCUGCCAUGUCUUCAACCAGCCAUCACCACCAGGCCAUGGGCGGCGGGCUGGUACGCUCGAGAUCUACCAUGAGCAUGGGCAGCGCUGGAGCCAUGGGAGGCAGUAGGGCAGCGGCGGGCCAUGUGCCACAGAGAUCCACGAGCUCCCUCCGGGCGCUGAAGCUCAGGAGCGUGAUGGAGCAGAGAGAAGAAAGGGUCGCGCCUACGUUUUGA